CAGCAGUAGACGACCGCAGACCACCAGAUGUUCAGACAAACCGCAAGACUCGCCCUCAGACAGUCCGGGGCCCUCGGCAGACUCGCCGGGUCCGGGUACAGAUUCCAGUCGACCCUGAGCGCCAACGAGGUGUUGAAGAGAUCCGUGGCCGUGUUGAAGACGUUUGAAAUCAAGACGCCGGAGCAGCCGAUCACCAUGACCACGCAGUUCGGCAAGGACUUGGGCAUGGACUCGCUCGACUACAACGAUGCGUUGGUUGCGCUCGAGGAGGAGUUCGACGUCGUUUUCGACGACAAGGUGGCCAACGAGAUCACCACCGUCGGCGAGGCCGUGGACUACAUUGCGAAGAACCACAUGCCUGAGGAGGACAUCUUGGACAAAGAGGUCCGUUAGAAUGGCGGCGGCAGCGGCGGCGGCGGCGGCAAGCCCACGCACUGUCGGUGCCGCCCAGCGGGG